UCGGAACUACUAAAUACAUUGAGGGAAGAGAAGAAGAAGACGAGCUACGGACCCUCUGCGGAGCUUUCACCUGUCCCUUUUCAGUUAGCAUGGAAGUGAACACACUAGUGUAGGGCAACUGUAUGCAGAGCCUGGAAACACAAAUACUAAGUUAGUACUGUACAUCACCCUACUGACGUGUGACGCAUCAUCCCAGCUGGAACUCAACCAUGAAUACAAAACCAUGUAUGUCUUUGCUCCUGUUCUCUAAGACAGGAUUCAGACUUUGUGCAUCCAAAGCCCCUGGCUGCGGCCUCAGACCCUUAACAGCAGUGACUUCCACUUGUCUUCCUCUGAUCUCCCCCCACCAACUUGUACCCUGCAGUCACUCUUACUACAGCAAUGUCAAGGUGCGCUCUUAUCUUCAGUACAUGAAACGCAAGAUUAUACCUUCGCCCACUCCUCCAUACAGUCAUGUGUGCCAGGUGGGCGAUCCAGUGCUGCGUUCACAUGCGGCAGCUGUGGACCCUGCAGCUAUAGCAGGCCCAGAGAUUCAACAAGUCAUCAAGACUAUGGUGAAAGUGAUGCGGAAACUGGAGUGUGUGGGACUAAGCGCACCUCAGAUUGGAGUACCACUCCGUAUUCUAGCAUUGGAAUAUCCAAAGAAGAUGUUGGAAGAGAGUUCGCCUGAAUCAAGGAAGGCCCGUGGUCUUUCCACCCAACCUCUGAGGAUCUUUAUCAACCCCAAGCUGACAGUCCUGGAUAGACAAACUGUGCUCUUUCAGGAGGCUUGUGAGAGCCUCACAGGCUUCUCUGCUACAGUUCCACGCUACCUGUCUGUGGAAGUAUCUGGUCUGAAUGAAAAUGGUGAAGAUGUCACAUGGCAGGCCAGUGGGUGGCCAGCUCGUAUCCUCCAGCAUGAGAUGGAUCACCUAGAUGGGGUCCUCUACAUCGACCGUAUGGAUAGCAAGACCUUCAUUAACAUCAACUGGCAGGUGUUCAAUGAAUAGUAGAUCCUCAGGACAGACUAAGAACUUUGUCACGAGAAUCUGUAAAAAAAAAAAACUGGUUAUCUGGAUCAUCAAUAACCAUCUGUAUUGGAAAUCCUUCAAGGCAAUUGAAGUGUUUUUGUGACUGAUAGAAACUUCAUGUUUGAUAAAUAAAGAGGUAGAUAUGGUCAUGAUGAAAUGAGUGAAUCACAUGUACAACCUUUGUCUGGCGUCAGUACAAUUUAAAAAGUACUGCUGUGGACAGAUUUAGGUUACUGGGGGAGCCAAGGUUUUUACCAAAUUUUCUCAAAGGUGUUAAAAGUAAAACAUCUUUCAAAAUUCUCAACAUCUUAGCAGUCAAUUUGGUCAAAACUGGUACACAAUGGUGUAGUAGUAUGGUCCCUUUCACUUGCCCCCAGGGUUCAUGUUUCUGCAUGUCGAUCUCCAUGACUGCACAUGCUCAUGACCAUUUGUUUCUUUUUAUGUUAUUAAAAUGGUUAUUAUAAUGUUUUUGUAUAUCUUUUUUUAUGCUUUUGGGGGCAAGAUAUUUUCAAAAUACCAAAUCUGUGUAAAUGUAUAAUACUAAAUGAAAAGUAUUGGAAACUGGA